AUGACAGUAGCAAACAAAAUGAGAAGUAAUGGUGAGGAUAUGCAUGACUCAAAGAUAGUGGAGAAAAUACCUCAAACCUUGACAGCAAGACUCACCUACAUUGUUGUCUCAAUUGAAGAAUCUCAGGACACGGAAGCAAUGUCCAUUGAUGAACUUCAAAGUUUCCUUGUGGUCCAUGAACAAAAAUUCAAAAGAGUCAACCAAGAAGAUGGGCAAGUCCUCACGUCAGAAAGCAGUAGAGGAAGAGGAAGAGGAACCACCCAAGGUCGUGGACGUGGAAGAGGGAGGCAGUCCUUCUCAAAAGCUACAUGGAAUAAGGAAGCAAAUUAUGCAGAAUUAGAUGAAGAGGAAGAGCUUUUGUUGGCUACGACAGAAAAGGGAGUCAUAAGGAACAAUGCUUGGUUUUUGGACUCAGGAUGUUCUAAUCAUAUGUGUGGAGACAAAGGUAUGUUUGCUGAAAUAAAGGCCGACACUCAACAUUUUGUCAAAUGUGGAAACAAUUCUCGAAUGAAAGUAGUUGGAACAGGAAGUGUCAGAUUGAAGUUCAAUGGCACUACCUUUCUCAUAAGUGACGUAUACUAUGUCCCAAAGCUUCAGAAAAAUCUCUUGAGCAUAGGGCAACUGCAAGAAAAAGGUCUUGCCAUCGUCAUACAAAAUGGGGCAUGCAACAUCUAUCAUUCAACUAAAGGCUUGAUUAUAGACACCAACAUGAGUACAAAUCGUAUGUUUAUUCUUUUCAAUGAACGCUCCACCCUUGGAGAAUGUUUACACACUUCCUCUGAUCUCACCUAUUGA